UUCGUUUUUCCCUCUCCAAUGGUUACAUUAUGCAGAACCAUGCGCUCGACAGCUGUGGCAGGGCCACUCGGUCAGUCGCGACUCACAAACCCGUCCGUACGCCUGUUUCUUUGUGACGUCUGUGGAUUCUUGGGUCCUUUACGACCGUUUCAUUCGAAUGUACAGCCAAUUCAUACAUAUAUGAUAGUCGUUCAGCUGUAUUUUUCACGUUCCUUCGAUCUCCAAUAAUGAUGAUUAUUGGUGUACUUUUGUAUUGUUAUUUUUCAUUAUUGUAAUGUGGUCGAAUGGCGAUCCGAUACGAGUGUUAUUUGAUUCCUGCUUCUUUGCGAUUUCAUUACAUUCUAUACAACGUACAAAUGCAUAACAACGAACCUCGAAAUUUUUCUUUUUUUUAAUACCUACAUUUUCUAGUUCUUAAGUAUAAUAUAACAUACGUACCUAUUAAUACUAAUUAAAAUAUCGGCAAAACGUCGUAGACCGGGAAUUUGACAACGGAAAAACGACACUUAAAGUUAUUACAUUCAUAAAACGCUUAACAUCAUGAACAGGUUUACUACAGAUGAGAAUGGUGAGGUUAAACGGCCAUUGAAUCCAAAAUGCAAUGCGAAUAUUUUUGAAAUUUUUACAUACAGCUGGAUGUUAAAUCUGUUUAAAACAGGACAAACCAGGGAAUUAGUUGAAACCGAUUUGUAUACGACUUUAGACGAUCAGUUAUCAUCAUCAUUAGGUGAUAAAUUAGAAAAGGAAUGGCAAUUAGAAUUGAUCAAUGCAUACUCUGCCAACCGUAAGCCUAGUCUGAUAAGAGCGUUUGUUAAAUUAUUUGGAUAUAAAUAUUUAUCAAUUGGAUUUCUAUUCACAAUGAAUGAAAUUUUUUUUAAAGUAUCUCAGCCCCUUUUAGUUGGCGGGUUUUUAGCAUAUUUCAACCCCGAUGGUUCCACUACUACUGACUUGAAUCAUGCAUAUAUUUAUGCAACUGGUAUAGUAUUCGCACUGUUAAUGGUUAUGAUAUUAUCACAUUUUGGAGUGGAAAAAAACUUAGAAUGUGGGAUGAAGAUGCGAGUUUCUUCCUGUUCUCUCAUAUAUAGAAAGGCAUUACGCUUAAGUCAAAAAUCCCUUGAAGAGAUUACCACUGGUAAAGUAAUAAAUUUGAUAUCAAAUGAUGUUAGUCGAUUUGACCAAGGAAUGACCAUAUUGCAUUAUAUAUGGAUUGGUCCCUUAACAACAGUCGUAGUUACAUAUUUUUUAUGGCAGGAAAUUGGAGUAUCGUCAAUAAUUGGAGUAUCUGCGUUUUUAUUUUUUAUACCAUUACAAUAUUGGUUGGGGCAAAAAUUAUCCCAAACUCGAUUGAAGACGGCCAAAAUGACCGAUAAAAGAAUAUGUUUAAUGAACGAAGUAAUUUCAGGAAUACAAGUAAUCAAAAUGUACACCUGGGAAAAACCUUUUGCCGAACUUAUAAAAUGCAUCAGAAAAAAGGAAAUUAAACAAAUUCAAAGCACUUUAUUUAUGGGAAUUAUGACUCUUUCAUUUCAAGUAGUUCAAACUAGACUUCAACUGUUAAUCAGUCUUAUAUCAUUUUUAUUACUUGGAAACAACAUUUCAAUUAGAAAAGUUUUUGUCGUAAUUGCAUUUUAUACCGUAUUGCAACAACCUAUGACAAAGCAUUUCGGUCGAGGCUUAACGCAAUUGGCUGAAUUGAAAAUAUGUUUGAAACGCAUAGAGAAUUUUAUGUUGCUCGAAGAAAAAUAUAGUGAAAUCCCAAGUACUUCAAAAUCUGAUAAAUCAUUAACGAAUGGAGUUAUAGAAUCUCCAGAAUCGGAAAUUAUUACAGAAAAUAUUGAUGUUAAAAAAAACACUAGAUAUUCAAAUAGUUUUAGUAUAGGUAUUUCGAACGCUACUGCCAAGUGGAUAGAUGACCAAACCUACAACACUUUAGAAAACAUUAAUUUAAAUAUAUUACCAGGAAGUUUGGUGGCAAUUAUAGGACCCGUAGGAUCAGGAAAAAGCUCAUUGGUACAAGUAAUUUUACAAGAAUUGCCUCUGUCUGAAGGCAAAAUAUCCGUGAAUGGAGUAGUGUCCUAUGCAUCACAAGAACCAUGGAUAUUUGCCGGCACUGUUAAACAGAAUAUACUCUUUGGUUCACCAAUGGACGAAGAGCGUUACAAACAAGUUUUAAGUGUAUGUGCAUUAAAAUCUGAUUUGAAACAAUUUCAACAUGGUGAUAGAACUAUGGUGGGAGAAAGAGGAAUUACCCUAAGUGGUGGACAGAGAGCGAGAAUAAAUUUAGCUAGAGCGAUUUACAAACAAGCUGAUAUAUAUUUACUGGACGAUCCUUUGUCGGCAGUCGAUACUAAAGUUGGCAGGCAUUUGUUUGAAAAAUGCAUUAAAGAUUUUCUCGAAGGAAAAACAUGUGUUCUUAUUACUCAUCAAGUACAAUAUUUAACUGAUGUUGGUCAAAUUAUUCUGAUGGAUAAUGGUAGUAUAGUAGCUGAAGGUUCUUUUCAAGAAUUACAAGCCUCCAAUUUAGAAUUUGCAAAAUCAUUAGAAUCUUCAAAUGAUACAGGGAUAAAUGAACCAGAAAAUGAUACAAAUAAAAGUAUAAAUUUGGUCUCAAAUACGCUCGGUUCUAACAAAAGUAUUUCAUCGUCUCAUAAUGAUGUUCAAAUUAAUAGAAUACCAGCAGUAAAAUCAAAAAAUCCAAACAAAAGCCGGUCGUCUGGUAGUGUUUCGAUAAAUGUUUAUUUAUCAUAUUUAUCUGCCGGUGGAAGUGUUCUUAAAGUAUUUUUUAUACUUUUUUGUUUUAUUUUAACUCAAGUAUUGACUACUGGUGGUGAUUAUUGGAUUAGCUUUUGGGCAAAUCUGGAACAAAAGAACACAAGUUAUAAUAAUGUAUCAACCAGUAACGGUACAUUAUCAUCUAGUAAUUUAAUCGGUUCAUUAUUGUUUACUUCAAAUUUUCGUCAAAUCUGUAUGAUCGUGUACACAGUUAUAAUUACUUUUUCGAUCAUAAACGUUAUCGUCAGGGGUAUAUCAUACACAUCGUUCUGUAUGAGAACUUCAAUAAAUGUGCAUAAUCAAAUGUUUGAUAGUUUUAUUAAAACUACCAUGUGGUUUUUCAACAACAAAUCAUCUGGUGACAUGUUGAACCGUUUUACAAAAGAUAUCGGAACAGUUGAUGAGUUUUUACCAUUCGUUAUUAUGGAUUGUUUGCAACUAUUCAUGUUAUUUUUGGGAGUCAUAUUUAUUGUUGGAUAUGUUAAUAUUUAUCUCAUGGUACCGGCAUUUGUUAUGGUAACAAUAUUCUACUAUUUAAGAGUUUUCUAUUUACCUACAUCAAGAGGCAUUAAAAAGUUAGAAGGAAAUACUCGAAGUCCUAUAUUUGCACACAUGAAAGAAACAUUACAAGGUAUAACAACAAUAAGGUCAUGCAAAGUAGAACAAAUUUUAAUCAAUGAAUUUGAUAAGCAUCAAGAUUUACAUUCUUCGGCUUGGGAUCUGUUCCUCUGUGCGAAUCAAGCAUUUGGUUUCUGGUUGGAUCUAUUCAGUGUUAUUUAUAUAGGUAUUGUAAUAUUCAGCUUUUUCAGUGUUGAGAAAGAUAAUUUUGGAGGAAAUGUUGGUCUAACUAUUACUCAAACAAUUACAUUGACUUCAAUAAUUCAAUGGGGAAUAAGACAAAUAUCAGUCUUAGAAAAUCUAAUGACUUCUUUCGAAAGAGUACUUGAAUAUACAGAUUUACCACAGGAAGCUAAUUUUCAAUCUCCCUCUGAAAAAACACCUCCCGAAGGUUGGCCUUUUUUGGGAAAAAUUGAAUUUCGCAAUUUUAAUCUUCGUUACGAUCUAGAUUCGCCAUAUGUUUUGAAAAAUCUCAAUGUUCAAAUACAGCCGAUGGAAAAAGUCGGAAUCGUUGGUAGGACAGGUGCUGGUAAAUCGUCCUUUAUCGGGGCAAUGUUUAGAUUUGCUCUGAAUGAAGGGUCUAUCUUAAUCGAUAAUAUAGAAAUACACGAUUUGGGUUUACACGACUUGAGAUCUAAGUUUUCAAUCAUCCCUCAAGAACCAGUUUUGUUUUCAGGAACAAUGCGAUCAAAUUUAGAUCCAUUUGAUGAAUACCCUGACAUGGUCCUUUGGAACGCUUUAGAUGAAGUGGAACUAAAAACUGUCGCUGAAAGUUUGCCAGCUGGUUUAAAUUCAAAAAUCUCUGCUUUUGGUUCUAAUUUCAGUGUCGGCCAAAGACAGUUGUUAUGCUUAGCCAGGGCUAUAAUUCGAAAUAAUAAAAUUAUUAUAUUGGACGAAGCUACUGCCAACGUCGAUCCACAAACCGAUGCAUUAAUUCAAUAUACAAUUAAAAAUAAAUUCAAAUCAUGCACAGUAUUAACAAUUGCUCACAGAUUGAAUACUAUUAUGGAUUCUGAACGGGUACUUGUUAUGGACGCGGGCACAGUAGUUGAAUUUGAUCAUCCACAUAAUUUACUGAAGAACAAACAUGGAUUUUUAUACAAAAUGGUAGAACAAACAGGAAUAAUGACUUCUGAAUUAUUACAUAGCAUGGCCUCUAAGAGUUUUGAGGGUCAAACGAAAUGAAAAUUUGGUAUCAUUAAUAUAACUGCCAACGAUGUAUAGGUCUAAACAAUCAGUAAUUAAUAGAAAUAUUUAAUUUUCUUUUGUACAAGUACAUGAUUUAUACAUAUAUUAAUGUGUAACUGUAGUAAAUUUAGAAUGAUUGAUUUGAUGAUUUAAAUUUGCUCUUAAUUUAUUGUCUGAAUCUAAAAAAAUGAACCGGUUUCACACUUCGGAAAAUCACAGUAACACAAUUGUUAUGUACAUUUAGUUUUGUUUAAUAAUUAGAAAAAAACCAUAGUAAGUAUAAAUUGCAGUCUAACACCGUCGUCGCUGUCGUCGUCGUUUUUGGCACACUACACGUUCAUGUGACAUAAUAUUUUUUUAAUAAAACUGUUUACUAAUUGAUAUAUAUGUAUACAAAUAUUAAAAAAAAUCUCUGAGUUUCACCACAAUUCGUAAAAUUUAUAUCAUUGAUUUUUUGAUUUUUACAGAAUUCACCUACAUUUUAUAGGUACUUACUACCUACUGUUUUAAAUUUAAACAUACUUUAAGUAUUAAAAUUGUAUAAAAUAAAUAUAAUAUUUAGGUUUAUCUGAAACAACAAUUCAGACUUAGACCCUAGGUAAACUAAAUAAUUUACUUGUUGAUGUUUCAGAUUUCAUAUAUUUUAAUGAAGUUUUGAGUGUAGGUACGCAAACGCAUAUUUGUUACAAAAUCGAAAACUUACAACAUGAGCUGCAUUAUGUUAGUUUGUUAUCAAUGAACACAUUAUUAUUUUGUAUAAAUAUUUUUCCUUUGACACAGUAAACAAAAAAAAUCUAAAAAAACCAAUGACGUCGCGCACUCUAGCUUUGUUUUACUGAAUCAAAAGAGCAGAAAUAACCUAUAAUUGCUUCACAUGAGUCGUGAGUAUCGUUAUGCCUAUUUGAGAAACCGGCCCGAGUAGAGCGUCUCUGGCCUCCGUUCUCUAGUAAAGGUCACUUAGUUGACAGUGAUCGGGCACUACUGAAUGUGGAAUAGUGUUCAACUGUAUAUGUUUUUAAUUCUGACUAUUGUUAGUACUUAACAUAUUAAGCUAUUGAAAUAUUCAACGUUCAAUAUUUUUUACUUAUAUUACAGAUUAUAUGAAUUAUUAUGAUAAAUAAUCUAAAAGUAUAAUAAUAAUAUUAUAAUAUAAAAUAAUCUGUGGUAUUUAGAUCAUUAUUGAUCUAAAACUUUCAAACAAUUUUCAAAAAAUUUAAGAUGUUAGCAUAAUAUUUUACAGUAACUUUGUAAUAUUCACUUGUCAUAAUUUUUUUUUCAAAAACCAUUUUACUUAAAUAGACUUUUUUAGUCAUAAAUCUUAUUUAAAUAUAUUUAAAUUUUAAGUAGAGCCUAGGGGGCUGAUUGAUGAAUCCCUGUAGGGAAGACCCGGGCACAUCCUAUAGCCAACCACUGCUAAUAAUACGUGACCGUAUAAUUUUUAAUUUGCAAAAUUAUUUGAAUAGAUGGUAUUAUUGUUAUUAUUUAUUUUGAGUAUUAAACCAUUUGAAUGGUUCAAAUUAAUGAAAUACUAUCGUUAUCGACUGGUUUGAAAUUUGAAUGUGUUCGACCAUCGUAUAAUUCGAUAGUAUCCGUCACUAUAACUAUAUCAUUGAAAUUCUCGCGUUCGUUUUCCCCUCUCCAAUGGUUACAUUAUGCAGAACCAUGCGCUCGACAGCUGUGGCAGGGCCACUCGGUCAGUCGCGACUCACAAACCCGUCCGUACGCCUGUUUCUUUGUGACGUCUGUGGAUUCUUGGGUCCUUUACGACUGUUUCAUUCGAAUCUGCAGCCAAUUCAUAUAUACUAUAUGAUAGUCGUUCAGCUGUAUUUUUCACGUUCCUUCGAUUUCCAAUAAUGACGAUAAUUAUUGGUGUACUUUUGUAAUAUUAUUUUUCAUUGUUGAAAUGCGGUCAAAUGGUGAUCCGAGUAUACGAGUGUUAUUUGAUUCUUGCUACUUUGCGAUUUCAUUACAUUCUAUACAACGUACAAAUACAUAACAACGAACGUCGAAAUUUUUCUUUUUUUUAAUACCUACAUUUUCUAGUUCUUAAGUAUAAUAUAACAUACAUAUUAAUACUUAUUAAAAUAUCGGCAAAACGUCGUAGACCGGGAAUUUGACAACGG